CGGCCCCGUUCGACAGGCUCGUCUUUAUGGUGAUCGAUUCCCUGCGAAGUGAUUUUGUCUACGCAGAAAACAGCGGUUUCCAGUUCACUCAAUCGUUUGCCCUCCCCUUUCCCACGCUCCGGUGGCCUCCAGACUGACAUUGCGCAGACUGAUCCGCGAUGGCGCCGCUCUCCCCUUCACGGCGCAUGCCACGUCCCCCACCGUCACGAUGCCCCGGCUCAAGGCCAUCACCACCGGGUCGAUCCCGUCCUUCCUCGACGUCGUCCUCAACCUCGACGAAGGAGACGAAAGCUCCAGCUUGGCCUCCCAAGACACGUGGCUGGCGCAGAUGAAAGCCAAAGGCACGGGGAAGCUGGUCAUGUACGGAGAUGACACCUGGUUGAAGCUGUUUCCGGGGACUUUUGAUCGCGCCGAGGGGACAACGAGCUUCUUCGUCUCGGACUUCACCGAGGUGGACAACAACGUGACGCGACACGUCGCGGGCGAGCUCAAGAACGACGACUGGAACACCAUGAUCCUGCACUAUCUCGGGCUAGAUCAUAUCGGCCACAAGGGGGGACCAAGGAGCCCUCACAUGCUUGCCAAGCAGCGCGAGAUGGAUGGCAUCAUUCGCCAGGUAUAUACUGCCAUGGAGUCGGAAUCCCACCUCCGCUCGACCCUAUUUGUGGUCUGCGGCGAUCAUGGCAUGAACGAUGCAGGCAAUCACGGCGCAUCGUCAGCUGGCGAAACUUCCCCUGCCUUGGUCUUCAUCGCCCCGAAGCUCAGGGCGCUGGGAAGAAAACUGCAGUCGCCCGUUCCCGAGGACGAGAGCUUCCAGUACUACGGUACCGUGGAGCAGUCUGACCUUGCCCCGACGCUCGCCGCGCUGCUCGGCUUCCCGGUACCUAAGAACAACCUUGGCGCACUCAUUUCGGACUUUCUGCCUUUUUGGCCGAACACACGGGAUCAAGUGCAGCUUCUGAUGCGAAAUGCCCGCCAAAUCAAAGAAAUCGUGCUGGCGACCUUUGGCCCACAGAUCUUCGAAACGGACCCGCGUGUGGACGGUCUUUCCGAGCCCAACCCAGACUAUCAGGAAUUGGCCCAUACUUGGAGAGAUCUUGCUGAGAGGUAUGGCCAGGCCGAUGCCGAGCUGAUACCCUCGAUCAACAAGUGGCUCCAUCACGCACAAGAGGUGCUCGGCAGCAUGGCCAGCAACUACGACAUGUCUAGACUGUUUCUGGGGCAAGCUGCUGCCGUCGCGUCUCUUGUGGCGGCCGUUAUUGCUGCAGUAAGGUCUGCCAAUGAUAGAGCCGCUUCCUUCAUGCCCCUCUCAGGUGUUGUUCUCGCGUACGGCAUCAUGAUGUUUGCAAGCAGUUAUGUUGAAGAGGAACAUCACUUCUGGUACUGGGCGACAACAGCCUGGUUCGCCUACCUCGGUGUCAGGGGUUUCAAUCGGGGCAACACAUCCGCCAGACUCCAGACCAUUUCAUGCACGGCCUUGAUUCUCGCCACGCGCAUCAUCAGGGGUUGGAAUCAGACCGGCCAGAAAUUCGCCGGCGGUCCAGACAUCGUCAAGACGUACCUCAACACCAACCCUGCCCUACUCUGGUACCUCGUCAGCGCCACCUAUCUCUGGGUCCACCAGAACAUGGUCUACGGCCUCAGCGGGCUGCCGAUCUGGCUUAACUACACCAUCGCGACCGGCCUCGUUCUUGCAGCCUUCACCUUCAAGGUGGCCUUCACCCUAGAGGACGCGCCGGAGCUGGUGGCCAGCUUCGCGCGGUACGCGCUGCGGCUCAACUUUACCCAGGACGCCUCCCUCAUCGCUCGCGCCCGCGCCGUCUUCAUCGGCCUUGCUCUGGUCACGGCCGUGACGACCCUUUUCAUGUUCGCCCGCCGCCGCGUCUCGCUCGGCCAAAGCGGAUCGUCGACCCUCCUGACCCUCUACACCCUCCUGUCGCUGACGCAGUCGCGCCCGCAAAACAUCCCCCUCUACCUCCUCUUCAACGCCCAGUACCUCGUCCUCUCCUCACCCCCCCUCUCCGGCGCCCUCUCGCCCGCGGAGCUGAGCACCACCUCCCUGCUGCUCCAGCACGCGGCCUUCUUCGCCCUCGGCGGGACCAACUCGAUCGCCUCGGUCGACCUGUCCAGCGCCUACAACGGCGUCGCCAGCUUCGACGUCGCCGCCGUCGGCGUGCUGACCUUUGUGGGCAACUGGGCCGGGAGCGUCUGGUGGGCGCUGGCGACGUACGUCAUGCUCUUGCAGAGGAGGGAGGCAGCAGCAGGAGGAGGAAGAGGAGGAGGAGGGGUGGUUGGGACGUGGAGGGCCCACGUGGGCGUGCUGACGCUAUUCGUGGCGGGCAGCGUGGUCGCCGUCAUGGCGGCGUGCACGGCGCUGCGGACGCACCUGUUUGUGUGGACCGUCUUCUCGCCCAAGUACCUGUACUGCGUUGCGUGGAGCCUGGGACAGCAUCUGGUGGUGAAUGUCUUGGUCGGAGGCGUCUUCUAUUGGUUGGGCGUCGUGGAAGGGGGGAAAUAGUAACAUUAGUAGGGAAAGGGGGGGUUGGAUAACUGAAUGCCACCCAUGUAUGCCGCCGCUGGGCGAAGAUAAAGAGGGAGAGAGAAUGGGAGUGUGUGUGCUUUUUUUUGGGGGGGGGGCUCUCUGUAGACGUAUCACAAAAGAAAAAAAAAAAAAAAAUAGAC